AAAAGGCAUCUGUGCAUGCAUCUUCUCUCCUCUACCUACAUGCGCUAAUCCGCUGUGCCGCAUUGGACUGCAUUAUUAUGAAGACGAAUAAUGCUGGCAUAACGACAUCUUGGACGCCCCCGUAGCCACAAGGAGGAGGACUCGGCAAGACCGUUGGUUCUAAAUCACCAUACGCACCCGACAGGGAGCACAGCAUACUCGCACUGUACACGUACGCCGACGGUACCUAGUGGGGCAUUGGUCAGAACGGCACAUCGAGGACUGCGGGCGGCCAUAGCAGCCAUAUGGCCCGCAAGGCGAGGCAGAGAAUCAGCUACGUCCUUCCUCUCGCCAAUGCAGCUGGAGGACAUAGACUGGGAGUCAACGGGUUGGCCGUAGACAGCAGCAAGUCUCUUCUAUACUCUGGAGGCCGAGACGGUGUCAUAUGCGCCUGGGACCUCAAUCUCGAUUUGAGCAAAAAAGUCACUCCGCCCGAAUACGAUGCAAAGCUCCCCCCAUCCGAACCGACAACCUUCCGCCAACAGGUCCAGGCGCAUACCCACUGGAUCAACGACAUCGCCCUAGCCCACUCGAAUCAGGCUCUGGUAUCUGCUUCCUCAGACACGACAGUCAAAGUAUGGCGACCGGCAGCGCAAGAUGCGAUACCUCCGCAAACGAUUGGCCUGCAUAGCGACUAUGUCAAGACGUUGGCUGUGCCAAAUCCGACUUGCGAUUGGGUCGCUAGUGGAGGCUUAGAUCGAUACAUCAACGUGUGGGAUCUGAAUGGCGGCGGCGAGAAGCUUAAGAUCAAUGUGGCAGAGGACGAAGUGAGCAGUCUUCUCAGCAAAGAAAAGGGCAGUGUGUAUGCACUGGCAGCCACGAACUCGGUUCUUGCCAGCGGUGGACCGGAGAGCACAGUUCGAGUAUGGGACUGCAGGACGGGCAAGCGUGUGACCAAGUUGGUAGGACAUACGGACAACAUUCGGGAUAUUCUGGUUAGUCAAGAUGGCACUACCAUCAUGACCGCGAGCAGCGAUCGCACCGUCAAAGUCUGGAGCACUAUUGCUGGACGAUGCAUGUUCACUCUGACUAUGCAUGAUGCCAGUGUCUGGUCACUCUUCUCUUCCGAUCCGGAUCUAUCUGUCUUCUAUUCGAGCGACAAGAACGGGUUGGUGGCAAAGACUGAUACACGAGAUAAGAUCGAGCUGGACGAGGGGAUUUCCGUGGCACUCUUCCAGGAGCACGAAGGCGUCCACAAGGUGAUCGCUGCGGCAGAUCACUUGUGGACGGCGACCAGUCGGCCGAGCAUCAACAGGUGGCGAGACAUCAACACAGCUUAUGCGGAGAUCGAGGUUCCCGAAAAUUUCCACCCUCCUAGACACGGUUCUGUGAGCAUGUCAAAAUCGAGAUAUCCGAGCCCACCGCUCGUGAGAGAGCAGCAGCAGGCACCUAUCAUAACGCAUCGACCUUCCACAUCGAAACGCAGGAUUCCGCUCAAGCAUGCACUUCGGUUGAGCAAUACUGCAUACUUCCCUACUCCCAUUCAGGUCCUGGACGAGUCGCAUUCACCUGGCCAACGAAGAGGUACACUAGACGCCGCGACGACAGCAGAAAGCAUAGACAUGCAGCCCGUUCGUGCUCAGCCAGAGUUGUCGAUUGAAGGACAGAAUGGGUUGAUUAAGCACGUCAUGCUCAAUGAUCGGAAGAGAGUGCUGACACUGGACACCGCUGGAGAAGUUGUCAUGUGGGACUUGCUGAAGUGCGUACCUAUACGCUCCUUUGGCAAGCGACAUCUGGAAGACGUCAAGGACGAAAUGACAACAAGCGCGACAGUCGCAAACUGGUGCACCGUGGAUACGAGGACUGGAAGCGUAGCUGUAGUCUUGGAAGAAAACACGUGCUUCGAUGCAGAGAUGUAUGCGGACGAGCUGGAACUCGAUGACGGCGUGGAGUAUCGUGAGGAUCAGCGCAUCAAUCUUGGUAAAUGGGUCUUGCGCUACCUGUUCAACAAUCUGAUCGAAGAAGAAGUCCGUCGAGACGAAGCUUUCCGGGCUCAGUUGCUGAACAUUAAGGAGCAGCAACGACUGCAGCGUGACAAUGCGCCUACGAGUAUUGAGUUGCCUCAAGCGCCAGCGAAUGGCUGGCAUUCCGAUUCGAAUGGAGCACAGUCUGCAUCUACACCACGGCCUGGCACUAAUGGUGGCAAGGUUGCGGCCACGCCUGGCUUCAACAUUGGGCUCGCUACCCCGGGCACGGUCAACUCUCCUGUACAUGCGAAGCGAGCGUCUCAGCUCGCGACCACGACGGAGGAAGGCUCACCCCUCGAGCAUCGGUCAUCAUCACAAUCUCAGCGAACAUCUGGGGAGCGCAGCACGGAUUACUUCUCGACCAACAGGACUGCAACCGCAGACAUGGCCACGCCUGGUGGCGCGUCCCAGCCCGCAACUACUCCUGGGCCUGUUCCCGACCCGGCAACGCCUUCGGGCGAGGAGCCUCCGAAAGAAGGUGGUGCUACACCGGGCAAAGGUCUCUUCGGCAAGAAAUUCAGCAUGGGUAUGUCUUUCAGUGGUAUGAAGAAGAUUGGUCGUGUCCAGACGAACGACAAGGAUAAGCCCACGCCAGUGGAGGAGAAAGAAGAAGUGGAAAGCGACUCUCGAUCGAGCAAGACGAGCAAUUCUCGAUUGAUCGAGGACACGUUUCUCGGCACUGUUCAAAAGAUCCGCUUCGCCUACGAGGACUCUCUCCAACAACAGGUGCAUGCUCAACAGGCCCACGAGAACGGACUUCCGGUGACCCGCAGCUCCAUCGACCUGCCUUCUGCCAUCAAGCCCAGCGACAUCUUGGAGACUCCUCUGCUUCGCCCUCCGGCUAACACGACGAUCUUGAUUCAAGAAGACCGACCUGAAGCCGGCGGCGUCACCGAUCUCUUUGAAUGCAAGGUCGGAAAUCUCGCAUCGCACAUUGACAGCAUUGAGAAAGCCGCUCCGACGUGGCUCGGUGAUGUCUUGCUCCGCAACCAGAUUCCGAUCAAAGACGUGGUCAAGAUAUCGUUCAUACUGGAACCAUGGCAAGACCUCCUGCCGAGUAUCGCCUCAGACGGCAACAACCGACUCAACGCCAAUCGCAUGCUUCGCACGAAAAAGAUACUCGCGUACGUGGCGGAGAGAAUCGAGCCUGCUUCUGAGAGAGAGGCGACGGACUUGAAACCGGAAGACUACUUGGAGUUGUGGUGUCAGAACCAGAUCGUCCCCAUCACCAUGACCCUUGCCACGAUCCGCUCGCACCUGUGGCGUGGAGGCGGAGAUGUGGUGUUGUACUAUAAAGCGAAUGGGAAAAAGCCCAUCUUGCACGCACCGCAGGCCACUACGGCAGCGACCGCCUCCAACGCGAGUGAAGGCUCGGAGCACACUGCUACGGGUGUUGUGCCUCGAUAGUCGUCUGCUUGCUCAAGUAAGUGGAAUGGUGGCUGGUACUGUACAUUGAUAAUGUCUGUAGGUAAUGAAUGAAUCGGAACGGGGAUCUCGGAGCUGCUCAUCAUGGCUCAGCUGUGUGCUGGCACCUUUUAGAGCUACAUUAGCUUGGUUGAUUGAUAAGGGGGCUGGCUACACAAGUGGAUCCUCACUGCAUAUACAUAUAUAUAUAUAUGUACCUUAUGCAUACAUCCUC